AUGUGUAUACAAGUUGCUCGGUCAGCCAGCCAGCCAGCCAGCCGAUCAGCCAGCCAGCCAGCCAGCCGAUCAGCCAGUCAGCCGGUCAACCAAUCAAGUGGGCCCAACCGACAGGCAGCACACAGUCCCACUGUCACCAUGCCUUGUUGCGAUGUAAAUCAGCUUUCUGGCGAAGUGAAGUCAUUAAAGAUCAGCGCCCCGGGCAUGAACAUGUCGUUGUCCAUGCCGAGUGCGUCCACGAGCGCGGUCACCACCGUGACGACUGCAUGUGGCCUACCCAAAGCACACUCCUCCAGUUCGUCGAACUCAGGCUCCAGCCAACCGCUGGAAGUGGACGGCGACUGUUGCUUGCCGACCGGUAGCUCGUCCAUCACCGGUGCCGGAGACAGCACCGGUACCAUCUACCUGGCAGCGUCAGGCGCGGGGUUUGUGGGCAAACAGGACAAUCAGAAUGCAGCCGCUUUGCCACCCGUCGAGGCGAUUCACAAACUGGUGGAGCGCACCAACUAUCAGAUAGUACAGCAAAACGGUCAGCGUUGCUAUGGUCCCCCCCCCGGCUGGACGCUGGCCGCCCCGCAGAGGGGCUGCGAGGUGUUUGUCGGCAAGAUCCCCCGUGACUGCUACGAGGACGAGUUGAUCCCCGUCUUCGAGAGGAUUGGGCCAAUCUACAUGUUUCGUCUCAUGAUGGAUUUCAACGGAGCUAAUCGGGGCUUCGGUUUCUGCGUGUACACCAGCCGUGAGGAUACUAAACGCGCUGUCUCGGAGCUCAACAACUAUGAAAUCAGAAAAGGAAAAACCAUCGGUGUUUGCCUGAGCGUUGACAACUGUCGUCUCUUCGUCGGUGGUAUUCCGAAGAACAAGACUCGAGAUGAGAUUCUCUCCGAAAUGCGACGUGUUACUGACGGCGUUCGAGAUGUCAUCUCCUAUCCGAGCGUCAACGACAAGACAAAAAAUAGAGGCUUUGCCUUUGUGGAGUAUGACAGCCAUAGAGCAGCCGCGAUGGCGCGCCGAAAACUCCUGCCCGGCCACAUCCAAUUAUGGGGACAACAAAUUGCUGUGGAUUGGGCGGAGCCGGAGCGAGAGGUCAACGAAGACAUCAUGUCAAAGGUAAUCAGUUAUGUCCUAAGUAGACACUGA